CUUCCCUUAAAUCCACAGCCGACUGGGAUGUCGAAGUUCCUCCUGGGCUACAGCGGAGCAGUUGCCAGUGCAGUCUCAUUAGCUGUGGGUUUGAAUGUAUUCAUCAAGAAAGCCAGCAGGUUCAACCCAGCCACACGCUCACUGAUCCAACGGUUUGUGCCAUUCCCGGCUGUAGCGGCUGCCAAUGUCAGUAACGUGGUGCUGAUGAGACACGGUGAGCUGGAAGAAGGGAUCUCAGUGAUGGACGAGGAUGGGAACGCCAUUGGAUUUUCCAAGAUUGCUGCCAGACGUGCGCUGAUGGAGACGGCCUUAACACGAGUCGUGCUCCCCGUCCCCGUCCUUGUGCUGCCACCCAUUAUCAUGUCGUUCUUGGAGAAGACACGGAUGCUUCAAGCCCGCCCGAGACUGACUCUCCCAGUGCACAGCCUCGUGUGCCUGGCUGCCUUUGGAUUUGCACUGCCCCUUGCCAUCAGCCUCUUCCCACAGAUCUCUGAGAUUGAAACUUCAAAACUGGAGCCCGAGAUCCAGUCAAAAACUCUGGGCAAACGUUCCUUUUUCAAUAAGGGUCUGUGAUGUCUCCAUCUCUCGGGACCGAUGAAGAGAAAAUCUACUGAUUAUGGUGUCUGAUUGUUAAUAAUGACAGGGUCUUCCUUGCAUAAUUUGACUAAUUGCUGCUAACUGCAAAUCAACGUUAUAAAAUUCACACUGCAUCGCCAGAGUCUUACUCAUCGAUUCUCCAACCAGGAACUGUUUUGGUCGUGAAAACUUCCCACACUCGGCUGACAGGGUUAUUGGUCCUAGGCUGCUAGAUACACAGGCUCGAUAGGGCCUCAGAGGCCAUCCUCACCAUCCUGCUGGUGCUAUUUCUUUCCCGUAGCUCUUUAAGUAACCUCAAUGCUCUUCUGAAGCGUCUGAAGAAAGGUCCAAACCUAAAAUGUAAACUUCCCAGCUGUUAUCAGGCAACUGAACCAUCCUACCACAACCAGAGAGCAGAGCUGAACUACUAUCUACCUCUUUGAUGGACCUUGGACUAUCCUUGAUCGAACUUUACUGGCUUUACCUUGCACUGAACCUUAUUCCCCUAUCAUGUAUCUCUACACUGUAAAUAGUAAUCAUGUAUUGUCUUUCUGCUGACUGGUUAGCACGCAACAAAAGCUUUUCACUGUACCUCGGUACACGUGACAAUAAACUGAACUGAACUGAACUGAACCAAAGAAGGAUCCUGACCCAAAACGUCAUCAAUCUAAUCUAAAGAAGGAUCCCAACAUGAAAUGUCAUCAGUCUAAUCUGAAGAAGGGUCUCAUCCUGAGAUGUUGUCUGUCUAGCCUGAAGAAGGUCUGUCUAGUCUGGAUGCUUUCGAGAGAGAGCUAGAUAGGGCUCUUAAACUCACUUAAACUUCUGGGGAGUCCAGAACCAGGGGUCACAGUUUAAGAAUAAGGGGUAAGCCAUUUAGAACGGAGACGAGGAAACACUUUUUCUCACAGAGAGUGGUGAGUCUGUGGAAUUCUCUGCCUCAGAGGGCGGUGGAGGCCGGUUCUUUGGAUGCUUUCAAGAAAGAGCUAGAUAGGGCUCUUAAAAAUAGCGGAGUCAGGGGAUAUGGGGAGAAGGCAGGAACGGGGUACUGAUUGGGGAUGAUCAGCCAUGAUCACAUUGAAUGGCGGUGCUGGCUCGAAGGGCCAAAACGCUUACUCCUGCACCUAUUGUCUAUUGUCGCCCAACAUUGGGAACAUUUUUCCGGCAUCUAGCUUGUCCAGUCCUUUUAUAAUUUUAUAUGCUUCUAUAAGAUCUCCCCCUCAUCCUUCUAAACUCCAGUGAAUACAAGCCUAGUCUUUUCAAUCUUUCCCGAUAUGACAGUCCCGCCAUCCCAGGGAUCAAUCUCGUGAACCUACGCUGCACUGCCUCAAUCGCAAGUAUGUCCUUCCUCAAAUUAGGAGACCAAAGCUGCAGGCAAUACUCCACAAUGUUAAUCCAGAUCCCUUGUUCCUGCAUUCCGCACUUCCUCUCUCACAACCCCAAGAAAGACUCCCAUCUGUUACGACUAACUAGGCUAUUAGCUGAGCAAAAGUUUGUAAAGUUGGGUUACAAGCACGGAAGGUGUGUUCACAACAGUCCCUGUCAGACUGUUAAUCCAUCUGCAACUCUUUCACUCUGCUCUCUCAGGAAACAUUAAAAAAAAAUAAUAACCUGCUCCUAAAAAUAAAAGCAACAAUCAUUGAGUAUCAGCAACGGGAAUAGUGGGCUCCCAACUUGGAAUAGCACCCCUCAAAACGGGCUUGCUACCCAGUCUCAAGAAGGGUCUCCACCCGAAACGCAACCCACCUAUUUUGUUUCUCCUGAGAUGCUGCCUGACCCGCUGAGUUACUCCAGCAUUUUGUAUCUACCUUCGGUGUAAACCAGCAUCUGCAGUUCCUUCCUACACAUCUUCGAUAAGCCCGUGUCUGGGGCUGGAUGUGUGGGGCUAUGAUUGUAUUCCAUCUGGUGAUGCAGUAACUCAGAAAGAAUGAAGCACUUGUUUCACAAUGCCGAUUAACUUUUCAAACCGUUACUUUUUAAAACAAUUAAUAUGUCUUAAAAUGAAUAAAUGUUAUUUGUUUCUGCUA